UCCUGAGGCGUGCGUGUCGGUUCGAGCGAAAGGGCAGCGCAGUGCUUCAUCUCCAGCGCACUGCAUGCCUGUCUUUCAACAACAAAAAAAGUAUGUCACGUCUCUGCUUUUAGCAUUCGAAGAGGGGGUGAUGGAACGCAUUGCGCGCAGCAGGCAUGGGGAAGCGGCGAAGAUGCGCUGAACUCCAUGGAAAGGAAAACUUGAACCUUGGUGUGGCUGUAUAAGAAGACCGUAAGGGAGUGCUUGUGGGUGUAGGCGUCUAUACAGGUCAUCCUCACCUAUGCAGUGGGAUUACUGACUUAUAUCGGAUUACACCUAAGCAAAUAAAUUCAUACCCCCAUUUAGCCCAUUCCAAAAUUAUGGAUUUUUAUUGAGUCUGGUAUUAAGCGCCUGUUUGGAUAUGGAUUCGGUCAAGGAGCGAGUUUUAGCCCCCGGUAAGGCGGGACUGAAGAACCUGGCGGGGAAGACCCUGGCACAUAUGCAAAGAGUUAUUGAGAAAAGGCAGAAAACGGGCGAAGUGAUCGAGCUGACGGAAGAUGGCCGCCCCAAGGAGGUCAGAGAGAGAAAAGCGCCGCUGUUGGACUGCGCGUGUUUCGGGCUGCCUCGCCGCUACAUCAUCGCCAUCAUGAGCGGCUUGGGCUUCUGCAUCUCCUUCGGAAUCCGCUGCAACCUCGGGGUUGCGAUCGUGGACAUGGUCAACAACAGCACCGUGCACCAGGGCGGCAAGAUCAUCAUCAAAGAGAAAGCGAAGUUUAACUGGGAUCCAGAGACGGUGGGGAUGAUCCACGGCUCUUUCUUCUGGGGUUACAUCGUGACACAAAUCCCAGGAGGGUACAUCUCCUCCAGACUGGCCGCCAACAGAGUGUUUGGGGCUGCCAUCGUGCUGACAUCCACUCUCAACAUGUUCAUUCCAUCGGCUGCACGUGUGCACUAUGGCUGUGUCAUAUUUGUGAGGAUACUACAGGGCCUGGUGGAGGGGGUGACCUACCCAGCAUGCCAUGGUAUCUGGAGCAAGUGGGCUCCACCGUUAGAGAGAAGUCGCUUGGCAACCACAUCUUUCUGUGGUUCCUAUGCUGGUGCUGUGGUAGCCAUGCCUCUUGCUGGGAUCCUUGUACAGUAUUCAGGGUGGUCAUCUGUCUUCUAUAUUUAUGGGAGUUUUGGUAUUGUCUGGUAUGUGUUUUGGAUCCUGGUGGCUUAUGAGAGUCCAGCAGAACACCCCACUAUCACAGACGAAGAGCGGCUUUACAUAGAGGAGAGCAUUGGAGAAAGCGCUAAACUUUUUGGGGCAACUGAAAAAUUUAAGACACCCUGGAGGAAGUUUUUCACUUCGAUGCCUGUCUAUGCAAUUAUUGUCGCCAACUUUUGCAGGAGCUGGACCUUCUACCUCUUGCUCAUUAGCCAGCCGGCAUAUUUCGAGGAAGUGUUUGGUUUUGAAAUCAGUAAAGUUGGCAUGGUUUCUGCACUGCCUCACUUGGUAAUGACCAUCAUAGUGCCCAUAGGAGGCCAACUUGCUGACUUUCUACGCAGCAAAAACCUUAUGUCCACCACUAAUGUACGGAAGAUAAUGAAUUGUGGAGGAUUUGGGAUGGAAGCAACACUGUUGUUGGUAGUUGGGUUCUCCCAUAGUAAAGGUGUAGCCAUCUCAUUUCUGGUACUAGCAGUGGGUUUCAGUGGCUUCGCCAUAUCAGGUUUUAAUGUGAAUCACCUAGACAUUGCUCCCAGGUAUGCAAGUAUAUUGAUGGGCAUCUCCAAUGGAGUUGGCACACUUUCUGGAAUGGUAUGCCCUCUGAUAGUGGGUGCCAUGACCAAAAACAAGACCCGGGAAGAAUGGCAAAACGUGUUCUUAAUUGCCUCCUUGGUCCAUUAUGGUGGUGUGGUGUUCUAUGGGAUCUUUGCAUCAGGUGAAAAGCAGCCAUGGGCGGAUCCGGAGGAAACAAGCGAGGAGAAGUGUGGUUUCAUUGAUGAAGAUGAGCUUGCUGAAGAGACUGGUGAUAUUACACUUAGUCAUGCUCCAUUUGGAGCCCAGGGUGUAUUUGGGGCUCCCCAGAAAUCAUAUGGGGCCACAGCUCAGCUGAAUGGGGGAUGGGCAGGAAGCUGGGAGAAAAGAGAGGAGUUCAUUCAGGAGGAAGCUGUGCAGGUCUAUCCUCAGGGUGGAGAGGGAUAUUCAUAGAACUGCUGCUUACAAGGGCUGAUUACUUAAAGGAAGGUCACUAUAGUUGUAAAAUUCUAAAAAAAAAAAUGCAAAAGAUUGUGGUGACUAAACUAUAAUGUGCUAGCAUACUAUAAAUGUAUUGCAGGGAUGCCUCGUAUAACAAAGCAUGGCUUGUACAGCCACAUGAAAAAAAGAUUAUGCAGGAGGUAGGUAGGAGUAAGCUAGUUAUUUAGAAAUACUGUAUACAGUAAAUACAGUUAGAAAAGUAUUUAUGUAAUAAGGCAAAAUUCUAAUUUUUUUAAAUCAAUCUUAGAAUAAAACAAUAUUUAUUCAGUAAUUUAAUAGUUUUGACAUUAGUGCAAGUCAGUAUAAGUUUAAAUAUAAUAUUUGUAUGUAUAUAUCAUGAGCAAAUAUAAAUAUACUGUUUAACAUGUAUAAGAUUUACAGAUAGAUAUUUUGGCUGCUACAUAUGCCUUAUAGGUCUAAGUAUGCAUACAGUUACCAACUGUUGCUCAUCUACUGCACAAAGUCUCUGCAUCUCCAUCUCUGUACAUAUAGGACCAAUAGAUGAUGGACAAUUCUUAGUACAGUGGAGACACUGACAUGACAGAGAUGUGUUAGUGUUGCCUGUAUGAUGAGUUUUACAAAAUAUAUCUUACAGAA